AACCAUGACUACUCCUCUUCCUCUUUCCUUAUUCCCUUUUCUUCUUUUUAUUCCCGCUUUCUGUUUUACCAUUUGUCAUGCCAAUUCCAACCUACUUUGCAUCGAAAGUGAGAGAGAAGCUCUUUUGAAAUUCAAGAAUCAUCUUAUUGAUCGUUCAAACAGGCUAUCGUCAUGGAUUGAAGGUGGGGAUUGCUGUGAAUGGACUGGUAUCGUCUGCCAUAACUCAACAGGCCACGUCAACCAACUGCACUUGGCUCCUCUUUCAGAGCCUGAUGAAUUUGCAACAAAUGCUGAAUGGGAAGCUUAAUACAAUUCCCUGCUAGGAGGCAAAAUAAAUCCUUCACUGCUGGAGUUGAAGCAUCUCAGUUUCCUGGACUUGAGCAAUAACAAUUUUAGCAGCAUACAUAUUCCGAAAUUUUUCGGUUUGCUGGAGAGUUUACAAUAUCUUAACCUCUCUUAUGCACAAUUUCAGGGAGCAAUUCCUCAUAACCUUGGGAAUCUCUCAAAGUUGCAGUAUCUUGAUCUUCGAGGUAAUGAUCUCAAAUCAAAAAGUCUUCAAUGGGUUUCUGGACUUUAUUCCUUGCAGUACCUUGAUUUGAGCUUUGCGAAUCUUUCUAAAGCAACCGAUUGGGUACAGGUACCACUCAAACUUCCUUCUUUGUUAGAGUUGCAAUUGUCAUUUUGUGGUUUAGAAGAUGUUCCAUCUUCGAUCAAUGUUAAUUCUUCAAAAUCACUGGUUGUUCUUGAUCUUUCUCGGAACUUCUUUUCUUCAGUACCUAAGUGGAUAUUUAGUCUUCAUGGUCUUCUGUCCAUUGAUCUUAGUGUAAAUUCUUUGGAAGGCCCAGUUCCAGAUUACUUUGGGAACACCUCGUUUCUUGAAGUUCUUGAUCUUAAUUUGAAUAAUCUCAAUUCGUCCAUACCCAAUUUCUUGUAUAGUUUAAACCGUCUUCAUUUCCUUAGUCUUAGUUCAAACCAGUUACAAGGAACAAUCUCGAGUGCCAUUGGAAACUUGAGCUCUGUUACUCACCUUGAUCUCUCAGAAAAUCAAUUAAACGGUCAAAUUCCGUUGUCUAUAGGGAAGUUAUCAUCUUUGAAGUUGUUUGAUGUUUCAGAAAAUCAAUUAAAUGGUCAAAUUCCAUCAUCGAUAGGGGAGUUAUCAUCUUUGAAAUACUUUGAUGUUUCAGAAAAUCAAUUAAACGGUACUUUUCCUCUAUGUUUUGGACAACUGGAAAGUUUGGAAACUCUGGAUUUUGGGUAUAAUCUAUUUGAAGGAAUUGUAUUAGAAAUCUAUUUUUCUAAUCUCACGAGAUUGACAACUCUGAAGGCAUCACAAAACAUGCUCAGAUUUGAACCAAACUCAAGCUGGAUUCCACCGUUUCAAUGUCAAACUAUCGAAUUGGGUCGAUGGCAACUUGGCCUGAAGUUUCCCCAUUGGUUAAAAUUUCAAAAGAACUUGUCUGAAUUAGAUAUUUCUGGUGCAGGAAUUUCAGAUUUUGUGCCUAUUUGGUUUUUCAACCUUUCCCCUAAAUUUAAAUAUGUAAAUCUUUCUUAUAAUCAACUUGCUGGAGGGAUUUCUUAUUUGAACGUGAAAGAUAGCGUUGACUUUACUUCAAAUCGAUUCACAGGCCCAUUGCCAAGAGUAAUCCCAACUUUACAAUUUUUAAUUUUGUCAAAUAAUUCAUUUUCAGGAUCUCUUUUUGAAUUAGUUUGUCAUUCAUUAAGUAGGGGACGGAUUGAAGUUCUUUUCAUUGAUAAAAAUCUUCUCACCGGAGAAAUUCCAGAUUGCUGGAAUCAUUUAGAAAGUUUGAAAAAUUUUAAUUUGGGGAACAACAAUUUGACCGGAAAAAUCCCACCUUCUUUGGGACGUACAGUUCUUCAUUGGCUAAACCUUCGAAAUAAUAGCAUGUUUGGAGAAUUACCAUCCACAUUGCAAAAUUUAACGAAUUUGCGCAUUCUUGAUCUUAGUGAAAAUCAUUUCAGUGGAAAUAUACCGGCAUGGAUCGAUGACAAGCUCUCAUCACUUACAGUUCUAAGCCUUCGUUCAAAUAAUUUUGAUGGUUAUUUUCCUCACGAAAUUUGUGAUCUUCAAUAUCUUCAGAAUUUGGAUCUUUCCCAUAACAACAUUUUUGGAGCUAUUCCAAAUUGUUUAAGUAAUUUGAGUGCUAUGGCCUACAGAAGGUACCAAAAGAACUAUCAGUUUCUAUGGGCAAGUACCAGAACUACUCUCAUUUCUUUCAGUGCAUUAUUAAUGCUGAAAGGACGAGAGGAUGAUUACAGUGCCACACUAGGGCUUGUUACCAGCAUGGACCUUUCAACUAAUAGUCUCACGGGAGAGAUCCCAAAGGAACUUGGAAGUCUCGUUGAGCUACGAUCAUUAAAUCUGUCAAGAAAUCUCUUAACAGGAAAUAUACCAGAUGAAAUUGGCAACAUGGAGUUGGAAUCUCUUGAUUUGUCGAUGAAUCAAUUGAAUGGUGAAAUCCCUUCAAGUUUCUCCAAUUUGAAUUUCUUGAAUCACUUUAAUGUGUCCUACAACAACUUAACAGGACAAAUCCCAACAAGCACUCAACUUCAAAGCUUUGAAAACUUUUCUUACAUGGGCAAUCAUCUUUGCGGACCUCCUCUCACUAAACACUGCAGCACGAAACGUUCUCCACCUGAUGUUGCAAAUAAUGGAAGCAGCAGUGAAGGAAGUAACGUGAAUUGGCUUUAUGUUAGCACAGUUCUCGGCUUUGUAAUGGGAUUUUGGGGUGUAGUGGCUCCCUUGUUUUUCAUCAGGUCUUGGAGGCAUGCAUACUAUCUAAAGUUGGACCAUGUUAGUCGAAAGCUGUAUGUGUCUUGGGCUACUAUGGGUAUGUAGUUUGAUGGGAAAAAAACAUGUCUAAACAUGGUCGAAAGUUGGUAUAAUUUACUGGAGAUUGGAUCAAAUUGUGUUUUGAUUAUGUAUGAAUAUGUUUUGUUGUAUUUCAAUAAUUUACAAGGAAAAUAAGUUUCAGCAAAAAAUGCCGUUUGAUAAAUUCCAUCAGUUGCUUAACUUAAUAAUUGAGUAGACGUGGCAGCCAUAGAUCUGGUCUUCUUCCUCCUUGAUCCUUCAAAUUAGGAGCAACAAAAAUAGUAGUAAAUAGGAUUAGCCAAUUUUUUUUCUGUCAUUAUCUAACUGUUGCCAAUGGAUCUCAACAAAAAAAGAGUUCAGCUGUUGCUCUUCAUCCUUGGACUCACCCUUCUCAGUAAGACAGCUGAUAAGUGCAGGAAACUGGCUGGGGAAGAGAAAGUGGUAUUAUCCCAAACAGGGCAAUUUUCAUUGUGGGAUUGCUUUGAUAUGGGGGUUGGUUCCAUAGCUUGCGCAGUGAAAGAAGGUGUUAAACUUUAUGUCUACAACAUCCGAGCCGCUCAUGUCGAGAAAUCAAAGAACUUAGCAAUGCAGAAGGCGUUACAAGACGCGAUGUCACAAGGCCUGUCCUCCAAAGACGCGGCGAAACAAGCCACAAAGGCUGGGAAAAAAGCAGCCAAGCUGGCGACGCAAAAGGCUGAGCGCGUCACGGGUCCGAUCAUUUCAUCCGGGUGGGACUUUUUCGAAGUUGUUUACUAUGGUGGGACUAUGUCGGAAGGGUUUUUUAGAGGUAAAGGAACAUUGCUUGGAGCCUACGGUGGGGGAUUUUUCGGUGAACAAGUGCUUGGGAAGUUUGGUUAUCUUGUGGGAAGCCAUUUGGGAGGUUAUAUGGGUGGUAGGAUUGGAUUGAUGGUCUAUGAUGUGGCUAAUGGAAUACAUUAUGUGCUUCGAAUCAUUGAGGGUAAAGAGUUCGAUAAAAAAUUGACAGAUUCCGAGUUUUGAUGAAUGACUGAGUUAUGAAGGAUUCAGAUUCAAAUGCAUAUCGGAUAUGCAUUUGAAUGUAUAGUGACUUCAUGGUGUUUUAGGUUUUUUUUUUUCUUUAAUUAAGAAGAAUAUAUAUAGAUAGAUUAAGUUCAAAUUUGUGUGUUUUUUUGGGUUUCUAAUUGUAUUAUCUAAUAAUCCAAUAAUCCACAACAAUUAAA